UUUUCAAAAUAGUUCUGUUUGUUUAAUUCUGAAAAGGUUUCGUGUAAAACAGGGACCAGUGGCUUUUGAUUUGACGAUCAUAAACGUUUAUCGUCUUCACACGAACCGACUGCUCUCUCCCUUUAGUUCGCAAGGGUAUUGAAAAUAGGUCGAUAUCCUACAUGCUUAAAACCUUCCAGAUCAUUUGUUCUCUCUAUUGAAACGAAUGUUCAAAGCCCAAUUGCAUGUAAUUUAUUGUUUUCUUGGAAAGAUUUCAUUUGUAAAGUCCCACCUUAGUAAAAUUUCAAGACUGGAUUUCAAGUGAGCUAUUUCCUUUCAUUGCCCCUGAAUACCAAAUGGAUUUAUGAAUAAAUAUGUAGUGAGAAUGUAAACAGACACUCAUUUUUAAAGCUACAGUUAAUUAGAAUAGUGAAUUCCAAACUUAAAGCAAGGUUCAUUAAUAGUAUGUAUCAGAGUUCUCUCAAUUCCAGUUGGACAAUGCUUCAAUAGUAUUUAAAAUGAUAGUGACACAAUAAAACUUACAAUACCUUGUCAGGUAUCGCGCAGCCAUUGGGCUAGCAGGGGCUAUAGCCCCCCCCCCACUUUUUUGCAAUAAAAGGUUAUGAAAAUUUUUAGAAAGUUUUCUCGAACGCAACUUUGGGAAGUUUACUCUAACGGAUCCUUAGUAGUAGUAGUUCAUCGUUGCUGAGAACCCUUUUUGUUCAUUCUCUUGAUGGCUUACCUUGUUAAAUCUAUUUUUAUAGUAAUGGGUAUCUUCUCUGAAUCGGACUGUUUAUAAAAAUAAGUUAAGAGGAGCAAGCAUUUUCUAAAAGGGGCAUUUUUCUCGGUCAUGCUCUUUUCAGCCCAACCCACUUUUAGAAUGGUGCACGAUGCCUGUACCUUGUCCCACGCGCCUUAACCUUGCUGAUUGAGCCAAGGGAUGUAAAUAGCGUACUAAAUUUCCUUGAAAAAAAAACCAAAUGGUUUCCAAAAAAGGUGCACGAAAUUUAAAUAAAGUGACUCGCCCCCUGGAAUGACCAUCCUUUCUGCUUUGCUGCUAUGUUUCAUUUGAACUUGUCUUUUAUUGAUGGUACAAAGAAUGUUACAUUCGAACUAACAAUUUGAUUUUGAUUCCGAAUAUCUUACUGGUCAGGAAUAACGAAAUCUGUAAUUAAUUUAUACACGAGUACACUCACUUUUUUUAUAAGAAACUGGCUACAAGAAACGAGUACUGGACAAUCAGAAAAAAAUUGAGAAACUCCAGUACUCGAAGCAAAAAAUUAAGAAACUUUUAAAUCGUGAUAAAACUGAGAACAACAAAACUUUGAAAAUCAACAAUAUGAUUGCCCUGUUGGCCUAGUACUUAAGACACAAGAGAAAAAAUAUACUUCCCACAUCUAAAUACAGCAUCAGAAUGGAAGCGAAUCUCUUGACGUGAUAAAAAAAGGUCACGAAAAUUUCAUAACAUCAUAAUUAAGAAACUCUUAAGAAACAAUGGGUAUUGAAAUUUUCAAAACAUUAAGAAACUGGAAUACUCAACAUCGACCUUUGUUUCUUAUAAAAAAAUGAAUGUAUAUAGAAUAAACAAGUAAGGGUGGAGUGGUGCCUGUCAACACAUGAGUGGAAUGGUCGUUUUAAUGAGCAUCGGUAGUGUAGCCAGUAUAGAGACGAAGAUGUAUUUGGAUUGAUACAGGAAGUUGAUAAAGAUAGAGAUGAUACAGAAAGAAUUACCAUUAUGAUAAUUAGUGUCCAGUUUGGUCUAUAGGAUUACGAUGUGUCAGUUACCAGAAAAACCCUAGUCAAAUAUACAUUCUAUUCUCCAUGAAAGUUGAAAUUCAACACUCAAUAGUGGUUUUUUUCUUAAAAUAACUUUUCAAGCACCUUUCAACCAUUGUUCUUUUCCACAAGAUUUUGCAAGUUUGGCCAUGGUUGGUUUGUCUGAUAAUUUCACCAGAUAAUAAUAACAUUUACUUAAAUAACCAGAAAAUAACGGCUCUUGAGUUAACUUAGAAUACCACGUAUAUGCUUUGAAUCAAGAUCAUCACGAAAACAAAACUGGGGAAUUCAACUUAACUUACAUUUAAUCGUUUUAAGCCUAAAGAUAGGAAUCGCCUAUCUUCGUUUGAAAGGAGGGGUCUACAGCACAGGGUAGCCUAAUGAAGGAAGAUCUGUUUCCUCGGUUAUAUAAUUAGCAAAUAAAGUAAAUAAUUAGUCAAGGGUUUUCGGCUCAGUAGGCAGGGGCAGCUUAUUAUUGAAAACACAAAAAUUUCAGUAUCAUUUUGGGGACAUGUAUACCAAUUUUCAGGUGAAAAUAAUUUCAUUAGGAAAUUUGAAAUUUCUGCCCGCCCUAGAACAUUAGCUCUACUUCUUAUUGGUGGAUGUAUUUACAUGAAGGCAAGCACAUGGGAUAUGUGUGUAUGUGAAUAUUGUUGGAAAAGUUUGGUAUAUCAUAUACAUUGGUAAACAUAGGUAUGCAGAACAUGACAGUUCUAAGUUGUUACUCCGCGUGCAGACUCGGAAAUUUAAAAGAGGAGAGAAAGUAGAGUCUGCGCAACAGACCCGCUUCGCAGACUCUGGACUCUACUUUUUCUCCUAUUUUCAAUUUUGUCAACAGAGUGCACGCAGGCUACGCUUAAUGCGAUAAUCAGGCAACAGUUUACAGCUCUGCCUGUACGGCAUCGAGCACUUCAUUACCAACCGGUAAAACAGGAAUAUUCAAUCUAUAUCAUAUGUUUAAAAUCCAAUUUCAUGUAUGUGCAAUCGUCAUUUUGCACUGUUGCUACUGUAACCUCAUGAUAAGACACAAUUAAAAUGGCUUACCCACUUUUUUCGGCAAAACCCCCCUUGAGCACAAUAGCUAGCGACAGACCUUGAUAAGAUUGUAGUUGAUUAUUUCAAAUUAUUUGUAAGAAAAAUUCUCAAGCACAAAACAAUUCCGUCUGCGGACUUCACAUCACAUCAAGGUUGCUAUAUAUGUAGUCUAUGAACUCUGUCCCAAGCACCCAUUUUGAGCGUGCGCGCAUUAUACGAUUAGUCCUUGCCUAGAUCGACCGCUUCGGAAUUUUGUUUUGGACCGACGGUAACCGCGUCAACUUUGAUCAACAAUGGCGGCUUUUGGAACUUUUACCCUGGAUCAAUCAGAACUAGAAUACAAAUGAGAGAUUUUUUACUAAGAACUCAACUUGGGAGAAAAAUGACGAGAUGCAAAAGCUCUUUUGUGGUCUCAAGACUCAAGACUUUUGAGACGCACUGCAACCAUGUUUUUGAAAGGUGGCUUUCACACGUGCGAAUGGUGCGACAGUCCAAUCCGCUUUUAUAAAAGGAAGAAAUAUCUGAAAUCACUGCCAAAAUUACUUAGAACACCCAACACUUUGCGCCGUGUUUCUUUCGUUUGUUUUCUCAAAUACCUCCUCCUACCUCCGUUCCCCUUUCCCUCCAGAACAAUGUUGAAAGUAUAUAGAAAUAUCACACAAGCCACAAGAGAAAACGAACUCCAUUUGCGCCUAGGGCGAAAGGGGGUGACUGAAUUUGCCUAUGAAAACAGACGGUUAGUGUUCCAAGAAAGUGAUUAAAGCUCCGUUGGUCAUUCAGAAGUGUGAAGGGAGCCUUGUAUUAAUCUUUUCUGUUAGGUAAUAUUGAACAAAUUAUGGUUUGGUGACGAGCUAGGACAUGCUGUGAGUAAGCCAAGGUUUUAUCAUCAAUUGAUUCCAAAUCACGUAACAAUGGAGGAGAAAAUAGAAAUGCCUAGUUCAUCAAAAAUGAAUUUUUCGAAGUUAAGUUGAUGGGAUCAUAUGGUUACAGGUUUCAGGAAGAUUGUCCAUGCAAUUUCGUGCAGUAUGCUGAAAGGCAAAUCAUCACAUAAAUUUUUCAAGAGAUUUAAGAAAAAUUGCAUGUAAUUACUUCACACUAAGAUCCAUGACCUGCAGAAUAGAGGGUUAUAACUGAACUUUUGGGUUAUAAUAACAAAAAACUUUUUAUGGGCGUGACGACCUAUAUCCAUUGUCAAUAUUUGUCAACGAGUUCUUCACCAUUUUGAUUUGACAUUAUUUUGUACAAGCUUUUAAGAAUUAACAACUUGUGUCACAGAAGAAUAUUUUGAUGAAAAAUGAUCGUUGGGUUUCAAAAACAUUUUCAAAUUUGAUAAAAAUAUAUCGUCGACUUUUUCAAUUUUGGUCAAUGGUUUCGUGCAGAGCUGAUAUGGUGUGCCUAUAAAUAGACGUACACAAACAGAAAUUCAAGAUUCUAACGGUUGUUGAAAAGCACAGGAGAGCAAAAAUGGAUGCACAGACGAUCAAAUCAGUCAACUCGAUGCUAGCCCUUCAUUUUCCUCAUCGAAUUUUUGUUGGAUCACUAACAAGAGAAACAACUCCAGCUGAAAUUGCAGAGUUCUUCAGAAAUUUCGGAGUUGUCAUCGAGUCGAAGAUUAUUCUAGAUUCAAAUGGCUGUUCAAGAGGCUUUGGUUUCGUAUCAUUCGACUCAAAAGAUGCAGUUGCCAACGUUCUUAAGCAAGGGACCAUUUACUUGAAAGGUCGAAAAAUAACUAUCGCACCUGCAGUUAAGAAGCAUAACAUCCAAGAAACUUUACCUGCAGAUAUCAAGCCGACGAAAUAUUUCACUAAAAAAGGGACUGUGAAGCAGCUGCCACUGAUGCAAGAAGUUAGGCCUCUACCUGAUACUCCAAGGCAGGUGCCACUGCCUCAAGUUCCACAAUUGGCACCACCGUACAGUGUAAUACGACACCCCUCUCCUUGGCAUUUGGCACAAACAAAUGGAAUCUUCUACGGGAAUCCAGUUAGACCUUGUUUUUUCUUUAAUUAAUUUAUGGACACAUUAAUUACAAUAAUUAUUUACAUUGGGAUCAAUAUCAAUCAAAUUAUAUUAGGAAUCAUAAAAAACGUUAGCUUUUUUCCUGAUUUGAGAUCUUUAAAAUUCUUGAAGCAGUGGAAAUAAGCGUUCAAGAAUUUUGAUGGAAAUCCUAACCAUCUGCGACAAAGAAAAUACAUUGGCCUCCAUAUUUUGGUCAACCAGUGGAUCCAAGUAAUUUUGAUAACAAGUUGAUUUAUUAUCUUGCUAAUACAUUUUAGCAAGAGUUAGGUAGCCAGAUAAUGGAUUAGGUUUUGAAAUGAAGAAAAAUAAACAAUGACUGCACAAACAAACUCAGAGGUGGGGAAGCUCGAGUUGACAGCAUUAUUUGUCUAAAAACAUAUUCUUGAAGAAUGCGUUUUGUAGUAAGGGUGUGAUCAUGGGUGUGGUCACGGGCGUGGCCUCUUGAAUCUGUCUACAGCACACCCCCUCCUCUUCUCCUCUCUUAGGACGGCACCCUUGCUGACAGCCCAAAUACCACUAGAUACCUAUACAAAUAGGCAGAGACUGGACCAACAAGUUUCACAAAAAAUUAAGCCUAUUGGCUUGGAAAGAAAAACUUUUGAAGGAAACCUCUGUUGCUUAAAAACUAUUGAAAAUGGUCGAGGAAGGUUUCUGAUAGUGUUUGAAUAUGACAAACAGCCAUAAUAAAGCUUGAUAUUUGUACAAAAAUCAAAAGUUCGGAUCAACAAAUUUUGAGAAAAUUAAAGCCUAUAGGCUUGGCAGAAACCCUAUCUUGAAGGAAACUUUUCUUGUAUGAAAGCUUUCGAAAAUGUUUAAUAAAGGCUGCUAAUGGCUUUUGAAGCUGAUAGACAGUACAAAUACAACUGUAUUCACCUGUGAAAAUAGGUUAAAAAUUGGACUGAAAAAAUUUAAAGAAUAUGUAAGAAGCUUUGAAAAACUUCAUUUUAAUGUUUAAAAUCUGUUGAAAACGGAUAAUUAGGCUUUAAAAAGCGUUUGAUUGCGAUUAAUGGUCCAAAUACCGCUAGAUACCUGUCGAAAUAGGCAAAGAUUGGAUCAAGUUUUUGUGAAAAUGUAAGCAUAUAUGCUCAGGAAAUAUUUUCAUUUUUUAAUAAAAACUUUAUUUGCUUAAAAAGUUUUGAAAAAAAGUUAAGGAAGGACUUUGAUAGUGUUUGGAUGUGUUUCUCAGUCAAAACACCAACAGAUACAUGUAAAAAUAGAAAAAUAUUAAACCAGCUGUUUUUGAUGAAAUUGUAAGCCUAUAGUCCUGAUAGUCUUGGAAAAAGUACCAAUCUUGAAGAAAGGUUUUGUUGCCUAAAAACUGUUGAAAGCUGUUAGUAAAGGCUUUUUAUAGCAUGUGACGUUGAUUGCCAGUCCAAAACAACUAGAAUCCUACGAAAAUAGGCAAAUAUGGUAAAACAAAUUGUCAUCAAAAUGUAAUUCUACGGCUUGAAAAAUAUUUCAUUUUUAAAGGAAAGAUUUUUGUUCAGUGAUUCUUGAAAAUAGUUGAAGAAGGUUUUUAGUAGUAUUUGAAUGUGUUUCUCAGUCCGAAAACCAGCAGAUACAUGAAAAAAUAGGAAAAGAUUAAGCCAGCUAUCGCCAGAAUCCGUCCAGGGAAGACAAUUUUUGUGGUUCGUGAGAUGAAAAAUGUCAUAUUAUCGUUUUUUUUGUUGGCAAGGGUAGUUUUCAAAGGGGUCACAAAUAUUGAAUGAAACAUAUCGAUUUGAUAUUAGCUUGUCUACUGUCUAAUGUCCGUUGUCACGAACUCAUCCUGCUUAAAGACAGGACAGCAGAAUCAUCGAGCUUUGCUUUUAGGGACUAGACGAAAGUUAACAAACACAACAAAGGUGAAUCUUACCGGGUGCACUCAUGGCAGUUGAAUAGGGAAUACGGUUGUCCCUAUUUUGUCCUGUCUCAUUUGCUAGUGUGGCGGGGGCGGUGGGGGUGGGGGUGGGGGUGGCUAUAUUGGAUAAAUUGGUGUUUACGUAUAUAUAUAUUUGAACGGUCUGAGCUAAAAGGCCGAUGAUAAACGUUGAUUGGUAGAUAGUUCUGUUUUUUCUUCCUAGGAUGACUUCUCCUAACCCUGAGUGACAUCUUUCUUUGUUUAAGUUGGUUUUUCCAGUUUCCCCUUUUGUACUUACGAUUGUAAUAGUCUUAUCUAUUGUUGCAAACUCUCUCAAUAUGUAAAAGAGAGAUUUGUAACUGUAGUGUUGUUGAACUUGAAUGAAAGUUUUCCAUCAUUAUCAUUAUAAUUUUAUUACAACUAUCAUAUUCUUUUUCUUACUACCUUUUGGCCCUUUAAAGAAAAGUUUGAAGGACCUGGCCUCCAAAAAGGUUGCCCACCCCUGCUCUACUCCCUCUAUUCUUCAAAUAAACCCUGUCUGUUCUACCAAAUAUUCCCAUAUCCAAUAUGUUCAAAAAGUCGAAGGAAUUCUAAAUGCCUUUUUGAAUAGAGUACCAAAGUGUGACGUCAUCAAAAAAUCAAUUUUUAGAAUUUCUUAAAUUUGGCCACAUAAUCUGAAAGAACAGCAUAAAAUACAAUAUGCAAAAUUAGUUAGAUGACAUGUUCCAAAUUGGGCGAGAUAUGACCAACGAAAGAUUUCAAGUUUGCUAACGGAUUACUGUUAUUCUGGCCUGGUUCAUAAAUUUAAGAACCAAUAUCAAAUUACAGAGGUUUGAUGGGGCUAGAGCCUGUGCUCAUGUGGCCAUAUCUUUACCAAUUCGUAGUGUCUUUAACUGAUUGUUUAUAUAUAGAGGUAUAUUAUGAUGCUCUUUCAGGUUCUGAGAUCAGAAUUCAGAAAUUCUAAAAUUUAGUCCGUUUUUUAUAACAAUGCCGUUGCUGGAAAAAAAGUUCUAUUUCCAUGAGCCUUGUCACGAAUACCACCAAUUCAUCAGAAACACGUAAAAGCAAAUGAAGCUUUUGUCCAAUGCCAAUGGAGCAUGGGAAGUCAAAGAAUUAUAAAGCAUGGGAUGGGAAGUCAAAGAAUUUAUGUUGCCAGUGUGCAACGUAAUUCCAAAUGAAUUCAUUCAUUGGGUUCGGUGACAAGUUGUGAUUUUUACAAAAAUAAAAAUAAAACUUCCGAAAAAGAAGAGAGAAGAAAAGAGAGUUAGUACAUGAAGUCGGGAUCUUUCUGCCUUUGGCCCUUUCUGCUACGGCUGGAUCUUCGUGGCUCUUCUUUUUGGGCCUGCCUCCAGAGUGCCCGGUCCUGGGCGUCCUUCGCUGUGCAGUUUUUCUGCGCCAUGUUUUUCUGCGACAAUUCCAAAUGAAUAAUGUUAGAUACCCCAUAAUCCAUUUAAGUCCUAGAGACGGACUCUUGCAGAAACUUUCGAGGACAACUGGUUUUUAAAAACAUCAUGCCUGUCAAAAUGCUAUUUGAAAUUCGAAAAUAGCAGCGAACGACAAAAACGAAGUACUAUUGAUUAAUCACUUGUCACGACUGGAUAUAACGAGACAAUGUUAAAUUGGUUGGAUGACUUAUUUUGAUGAGUCCGCACGUAGAAGAAAGAAAGAAAAAAGCUUACUAUAAUGGUAGAGAAGGGACAUCGAUCGAUGAUUGCCUAAAUUUUCCAUUAAACGACAAACGUGCUGUUUUCAACCAGUGCGAUCUUUUUUAACGUGCAGAGGACACGGAGCCAGAGAGAUGCAAACUGUUUGUGCAGUGUGUAACGUGAUUUCUACUGACCAUGGGCUCCGACAAAGGUUGAAAAGUUGGGGGGGGGCCAAGGGAAAAUUUAACACCCAUAACAAAAGAAUUUGAAUAAAACUCUAUUGUUUUGCAAAAAUGUGGGGGCCAAGGCCCCCCUGGCCCCCCUUCGUCGGAGGCCCUGCUGACUGACUAUUAUUUACAAAAGUGCGUAUUGAUAUAGAAAACUAGUAAAUUUAAUUAAGCGUUAUACAAAGGAGAGGAUGUGCUUGAUGGCUAACAAUGGUGUGAUUGAUUAGGAUAAAAUGAAGUGUAAUAAGCGUAAAGAAAGAGGAAUGUAGAAUUGCGUAGGUAUGUAGAAAAAGCAAUAAUGGAUUGUGUAAAAUGGCCUAAAUUGAAUCACUACAGAACCAUCAAAGAGUUUAAGCCAUAGAAAUAGGAUCAUCAUCAUCAUUCUAUCUGGCAACCCUUGAACAACGUUCAAACAUGCCCAGCCUCCGAUGCAAUGUAAGAAGAAAAAAUAAUGUUUUUCAGCUAAACAACCGAGCUACUAUCAUCAAGAUUAUGCAAAACAUCUAUUUAUUUGUCUUAGGAACAAUUUGUAGUUUGUAGAUGUAGAAAUAUCAACAUUUAUAUACAAAAAGCACUAAGUACAUCUCAGCCUCAACUUUUCAAAAAAUUAAGAACACCGAGACUCGGAAGAAAUUGAGGGGAAAUUCACCCUUGCAAACAGCAAACGAGAUUUCUAUGAAAAAAGGAUUUCCAGGGAUUUUCAGAUAAAAGAAUACUUGCCCUUCGGAAAAAUUAUAUGGUUCUUAUGAAUAAGAAUGCAUAGUUGAAGAGAUACUCUGAUAAUUUCUCUUGUAAAAUUGGCAACAAUUGUUAUAAGCUUGUCGUUUUUACAAGGACAAUUGGAUUCAAUGUAUAUAAAGUGAAACUGAAAGAGAUAUUUAUUUUAGUCAAUUUUUCAUGAAUUCGCGUAGUAUAUUUGUUAUUUCAUAUACCUUGUAAAUCGUAGGUAACUUUGGACUGAAUAGCGGCAUUUUCAAUUCAGCCAUGUAGCUGCAGGGGCGGCACGGGGGCUGUGCCCCCUAAAUGAAAAUUUUGACAACAGCUUGCCCUCUUUGGCUACAGUUUUUCCAAAUGAUAUUUUGAAAAUUUGGCAUAUUUCUAAAUUCAUGACCUUGAUUUUGUCCAAAUAUAUCUGUUUGUUGCAUAUCUGUUUUCUUAUUUUAAAGCCUGCCCCCCUCAGGUAUUUUAAAGCCUGCCCCCCUUAUUUUAA